UGUAGUUGAAGUCUUGUAUUUGUAUUGAAAACUUGAUGGUGUUUCUCCUUUUGAUUGUGAAUUCUAUAAAAAAAUCAAUAUCUAUAUAGCUACAAUGGUUAUGAAGUGUAAAGUGGAUAAAUAUUAUUUAUUUUAAAUUAAAACAAGUGAUUUACGUAUUCGUUUGCAUCAUGAGCGACUGCUGUAAUUCAGUUGAUAUAGAAGACGUAUGUCGAACAUGUUUAGCAACAGAAAACGUGUCGUAUCCGAUAUGCAGUACGUUUGUGGAAACUUUAUAUGGCGAUAUCCCUCUUGUGGAGGCGUUGGCGACAGUAUCUUCAUUGCAGUUUACGAGACUAGAGGGGUUUCCCGACAAAAUGUGUAAAGCCUGCAAGGAUACUACUGCCAAAGCAUAUUCAUUUAAAAGAAAGUUAUGGCAAACAGAAGCUUAUCUAAAUACUUUGUUAAUUCAACCAGUUCGUAAGCGUGAAGUAAAGAAGGUUGUUGUUAAGAUUGAACUAUCAGAUUCAGAUGAGGACAACAAUAACAGAAUUGAGGAUCCUAACCAAUCUAACCCAGACGGUAGAGAGAAUAAUGCACAAAAUGUAGAACAAGUAGAGAGACCCGAUGUCGAAGUUGUAGAUGAAAUACCACAGCAAUCUAAUAAUGAGAGUGCCCUGGAAGUGCGGAAAAAUAAUUGCCAGUCAUUUUGCCCGCUGUGUCGUGUGAGUUAUAAUAAUGUGGCGGGUUUAACAAAGCAUAUGUGGGAGAGACACGCUGAGAUCAUGGGCCCCAAGAAGAGAGGCAGACCAAAGAAGAUUAGCACAGAAUUCAUAUUGAAGAAUCUGUUGGAUAGAGGUCUUUUGAAACCCAAACAGGAUAAGAGAUUAUGCUGUGUGUUUUGCAAGAAGUAUUUUGGUAAUGAAGAAGAACUCAUUGACCAUAUCUCCACCCACAGAGAUAAACUUUACUCGUGUGCUGUUUGCAAGAAGAAUUAUAUGCAAAAGAAAUAUUUCGACAGUCAUCUGUGUGUGGAAGAUAAAUCGGCAGGAGAUGGCAUACUCAGCGAGUCAUCUUCCAGCCAGCCUUCAAGAGCGGAACAAGAUGAAUUCCUUGUUGAGUCAUCAAUUCAACUAUUGCAUCUCACAAAUGAAACACGCCAUGCUUCUCUUCAAUGGCGCCCGUGCAAUUCGUGCAGCUUACUUCUGAUGACGGAAGCUGAGUACACCGAGCACAUCGACACACGACAUCCCAAUAUGUCGCUCAAAUGUCGCCAUUGUAACAAGAUGUUCGAGACACUGACUGCAGCCCGUGCGCACCGCGCACGUUGCUCGAACGUAGUACGUUCGUACGCGUGUUUAUCAUGCCCGCAACGUUUCACACGCGAGGUGUUCCUCAACAAGCAUAUCCUGAGCUUUCAUAGGGGACAUGCUGCCUCCGUGCAAUUCUUAUCCGGGCCCUCAAACAACGGGCUACGUUACCAGUGCGAUAUCUGCAAACAAAGAUUCGUUAAGAAGGCCUCCCUCACGAAGCACAUGCGACAUCACACAGCGACCAAGAAUUACGAGUGUAAUGUAUGCAAUAAACGUUUCCAAAGAAAUGACAACCUAAAAUCACAUAUGCGGGUGCACGGCGUCGGUGGACAGAGUUCAGCAACAUCUCUCUGUCUGUACUGCGGCCGCAGUUUCUCUUGCUCCUCCAACUUCAUAGUGCAUAUGCGCCGACAUACUGGAGAGAAACCUUAUAAAUGCGAUUUCUGCGAUAAAGGGUUUCCUCGCUCGUCGGACCUUCAGUGUCACAGACGAUCACACACGGGAGAAAGACCAUACCUGUGUCAGAUAUGCGACAAAGGGUUUGCGCGCAGCAACAAGCUGACACGUCACAUGCGCGUGCACACGGGGGCGAGGCCGUACAAAUGCUCGUACUGCGAAAAAGCGUUCUCACAAAGCAACGACCUUAAUCUGCACGUCCGCAGACAUACCGGGGACAAACCAUAUGUAUGUGAGGUUUGCGGCGACAGGUUCAUACAGGGCACGGCUUUACAGAGUCACCGGCGGACGCACGGUCACUAUCCCCAGGAGACUCCUGCUCUUCUAGCUCUGCCCCCUGUGGCCACACCGCAGAUUGCUGCUGGACCUGCAUACGAAUAGCAUUCGGCAUCCAUGGACGUCAUGUGGAGUGGCCGCAGAACGCCCGAGGCGACCAUCACACGGCCGAUCUCACCUGAUAUCGAUUAUUAAAUUCCCCGUAAAAUUGAUAUUGAUGAACUUUGAACUAAUAUAACUGUAGCUCAUUUUAUUCUAGUUGCAUACGAAGUUAAUAGUAGUACCGUUGUUCUCUCUCGAUGUGUGUUUACAAUAGCAGUUGUGUAAUCGUGUAAAAGUUUGUCUUUACAUUUCCUGCUGGUUCACUUAGGUGAUGUCUAGUUGUAUAUUCCAUUUAAAUCAACCCAUAGACAGUUCAGUAUAUUAUGUGUAAUUUAAGCGAUUUACUAAUAUAUAUAAGUUGAUUUAAUCUCAAAUAUUUAUAAGAUUUAAAAUAAUCCAACAACAUUUAAUAUUAUUAUCUAUUAAUGUAAUUCUCAAAUAGUAAAUGUUUAAGGGAUUUUCAAGAAAAUAAAUGUUCUAGCCAUCAUAACGAUGAUGAUGAUGAUGACAAAACUAUAUAUAUUUCAUGAAAUUUAAAAUGUAAAUGUUUAAGGGAUUUUCAAGAACAUAAAUGUUCUAGCCAUCAUAACGAUGAUGAUGAUGAUGACAAAACUAUAUAUAUUUCAUGAAAUUUAGUAAAUGUUUAAGGGACUUUCAAGAACAUAAAUGUUCUAGCCAUCAUAACGAUGAUGAUGAUGAUGACAAAACUAUAUAUAUAUUUCAUGAAAUUUAGUAAUUGUUUAAGGUAUUUUCAAGAACAUAAAUGUUCUAGCCAUCAUAACGAUGAUGAUGAUGAUGACAAAAC